AUGUUGGCAAAGGACAAUAAUUUCUGCUUCCCUAUACCUGAUAUCCUUGCAACCGAGAAGCUAGAGCUCGUUCCAUUUGCGGUUGAGACAUUUCCUGUCAUCCCUUCAAGAUAUAUUCCGCCGUAUGCUACAGACCUUAUCCAAGGUCUAGAUGAAUCUUCCUGGAUACACAUACCAGUCGGUCCAUAUUCCUCCCCAGACGGGUUUGUAGAAAAGUUUUGGAAUGAAUGUAUACGUCCUAACCACGGCAGUUAUCUCUUCGUCGCACUCAACAAACCAUCUACAACCAAUUCUGGCGAGGUCAUCAAGCCCACUGUGGCUGGCAUGGCUGACUACAUGAAUACAGAUACCAAAAACCUCUGCACUGAGAUCUUGGGCUUGCGAAGAGUCGGGUGGUCUGUGAACGUGACAAACACAGCUAGUAUUAGGUUGGCAAUGAAGAUGGGGAUGAAAGUAGAGGGUGUUCAGAAUUGGACGGCGGUUCUUCCGAUGAAUAAAAUGGAGGCGGGCGACGGACGUGCGCUCCAGAAGGGGGAUCCACAAGCAGAGUUUCCAGGAAGAGAUAACACCUUGUUAGCUAUAUGCUGGGACGAUUGGGACAAAGAAGGCAAGAAAAAUGUGGAGAACAUCUUAACUUAG